AUGGAGGCCAGCAAAGAGCUGCCAAAGCCCGUUGACCUUUCCCACCAUCUCUCGCGUAAUGCCAAGAACAGGGUGCCGUCGUCUAUGAAGUCCUUCUACAAGUACUUUUUGAUUCCAGGCAUCGGUCAACUUGCGGGAGGUCUUCCUAACGAGAAAUAUUUCCCCUACGACGACUUUGAAGCCCGUGUAGCGCUGCCUGAUCGCUUCAAGCCCACUCCCAACAACCCUGUCGACCCUCCCACUGCUGAAUUGUCCAAAGCCUCCCUAUCCGACUCCCCUCAGUCCACCCGCAUCAUUGUUCCUCACACCUCAGGAACCACUGAUCUCUUGCGGAAAAUCGACUUGGACACGGCUCUGCAGUACGGCACCGCCCAGGGUUACCCUCCGCUCUACCAAUUUGUCCGCCAAUUCACCACUCAGAAUCUUCACCCCAAUGUGCCUUACCAGGGCGGCCCUGAGAUUAUUCUGACCUGCGGCUCUACCGAUGGUUUCUCCAAGGUCGUCCAAGCUCUGACUAAUGAGUGGGACGAGGACCGGGACCCCAUAGAUGACAGGGAGGCCGUGCUGGUUGAGGAGUACUGCUACACAAAUGCCAUGCAGGCUGUGCGCCCUCGCGGCGUCAACGUUAUACCCGUCAAGAUUGAUGACGAGGGUAUGAUGGCCAAAGGCGAAGGUGGUCUCGAGGACGUUCUCGACAGCUGGGAUGCCUCGAGAGGCCGACGCCCUCACCUGAUCUACACCGUAACAGUCGGUCAGAACCCAACCUCCGGCGUGCUCAGCGUAGAGCGCCGCAAAGAAAUCUACGAUAUUUGCGUCAAGUAUGACAUAAUUAUUGUCGAAGAUGACCCCUACUGGUACCUUCAAUAUCCGUCGUCAUCUCCCAACUCCACCCCUUCGAAGCCCGAAGGCAAGUCCUCAGGCUUCGAGUUCCUCGACUCCCUUGUGCCAUCGUAUCUUUCGAUUGACUACCAGGGCCGCGUCAUCCGCAUUGACACUUUUAGCAAGACGGUCGCUCCUGGAUGCCGUCUUGGCUGGCUCACUGCACAGCCUGCCAUUGUCGAGCGCAUCCUGCGUCUAACCGAGACGUCGACUCAACAGCCCUCAGGCUUCGUGCAGGCCAUGAUCGCCGAGCUCCUCAUGGGUCCGCAAAGCAAGCAGGAUGGCGGCCAAGGCGGCGCCAAGGAUGGUCGUGGUUGGGACGUCAGCGGGUGGGUACGCUGGCUCGAAGGGCUGCGCGGCAACUACGAGCGACGCAUGAACACCAUGUGUGACAUCCUCGAUGGUGGCAAACAAUUGGUCAAGACGGGCCGGCGCAGCUCGCUGAGCUCGCUCGUACACCCGUCCUCCUCCAACGGCACCGUCGAGGACUACGACGCCGACGAAUGGGCCGUCGUCGAAACCAACCAGAUCUACUCCUUUAUCCGCCCGAUCGGAGGCAUGUUCGUCUGGAUCCGCUUCGACUUUACUACGCACCCGCUCGCCAAGGUCAUCCCCCACGCCCGCCUGUCGCGCGCCCUCUGGAUCUUCCUCACCACUGUGCCUUACCGCGUGCUUGUCUCUCCUGGUAGCAUCUUCGCUGCUACGCCAGAGUUCGCCAAGCGCGAUGGCUACAACUGCUUCCGCAUGUGCUUCGCCGCCUGCCCUGAGGAAGAGAUCGCGCCCAUCACCCGCCGCUUUGUUAAGGGCGCUCGCGCCUUCUUCCGCAUCCGCGAUCCCGCUCGCAUCGAUAAGAUCCUCGAAGAUGAUGACCCAGGUGUCGAGAGCCUCGAGGACGUGAAGAUGGGCGGUCUGGCAGGAUUUGGAUUUUGCUGA